AUGUUACCGCGGAUAGCGUUGGUGCGGUUGGUGCGACCAGCAGUGUGGAGUGUGUCCUUUCGUGGGCUUUGCAACAAAGCCCCAGAACCGCUGCUUGCGACGGUGCAACCAAAAAAGAUCAACUACGAGCGGAUCGGCAUCGUCGGUGUGCCGUUUGAUAAGGGCCAGCGAAAGAAGGGUGUCGGACUUGGCCCGAAAGCUAUCCGCGAGGCGGGUCUGAUCGAUCACAUCCAGGAGAUCUCACCCAAGCUCGACAUCAAGGAUUACGGGGACAUUCAGUAUGAAGCACUCAACUUCCAGGGUCGAAAAGUGGGCAACAUGAAGAAGCUGGAGCACGUGGCCAGUUGUAGUCGACAUCUCUCGCACCAGGUGACGGAGGUGUUGGAUGACGAUCGGCUCUGUCUGACGCUCGGUGGUGAUCAUGCAAUUGCGAUCGGUUCGAUCGAUGGACAUCUACAUCACAGCAAGGAUGUGGCCGUGAUUUGGGUGGAUGCGCACGCGGAUCUUAACACCAAUUCGACCUCACCGUCGGGUAACAUCCAUGGCAUGCCGGUAGCUUUGCUGGCCCGUGAACUCUGCGAUUACUGGCCGUAUAUCCCGGGGAUGGACUGGCAGGAACCAAUCAUCUCGAUCCGGAAUCUCGCCUACAUCGGACUUCGAUCGGUCGAUCCGUACGAGCGUGCCAUCAUCGAGAAGUUUGGCAUCAACGCGUUUGGGAUGCGUGAGGUCGAGAAGUACGGCAUUCGCGAGGUGAUGCGUAUGGCGCUUGAGCGUAUCGAUCCGGAAGGCCAGCGCAGUCUGCACGUCAGCUACGACAUCGACUCUCUGGACGUUCUGGAGGCACCCAGCACGGGAACGAGCGUUCGUGGUGGGUUGACACUGCGUGAGGGCAUCUACAUCAUGGAGGAAGCGUACGGAACCGGUCGACUCGCGGCUGUAGACCUUGUCGAGGUGAACCCAUCCAUUGGUACGCCGGAGGACGUACGCAAGACCGUCGAGGCCGCCGUACAUCUACUGAUGGCCGCUUGUGGUCACAGCCGUAAGGGUGACAUCGCUGAUACGCUUGAUCUGCUGCCGAAGAGCUGA